AUGACCCAAUGAGGACAACUAGGAUUUCAAGACGCAAAUUCACCACUUAUAGAACAACUUAUUUUUUUUCAUGAUCACUCAAUAUUUAUUCUUACCAUCAUUUUAACUUUAGUUAUAUAUAUUACAAUUUUAUUAAUAACAAACAAAUUUUCUUCAUUAAUAAUUACAGAAAGACAAAAAAUCGAAACAAUUUGAACAAUCGUCCCUAGAAUUAUUUUAUUAUUUUUAGCGCUCCCCUCUCUCAAAUUAUUAUAUUUAUUAGAUGAAUCUAUCAACCCACUACUUACAAUCAAAGCACUAGGUCACCAAUGAUACUGAAGCUAUGAAUAUUCAGAUUUUAUAAGUAUUGAAUUUGACUCUUAUAUAAUUCCUUUAAAUGAAUUAAAUGAAGGUUCAUUUCGUUUACUAGAAACAGAUCACCAUCUAAUUAUUCCAAUAAAAACAAAUACUCGUAUAAUCAUCUCAUCAGCUGAUGUAAUUCACUCCUGAACAGUUCCCUCUCUGGGAAUUAAAGUAGAUGCUAUUCCAGGUCGACUCAAUCAAUUAAAUUUAUAUUCUAAUCGUCCUGGAUUAUACUAUGGUCAAUGUUCUGAAAUUUGUGGAGCAAAUCACUCAUUCAUACCUAUCACAUUAGAAAUUGUAAAUAUAAAUACUUUUAAUAACUGAUUAUUAAGUAUAAAUACAUAA